UUCACUUUCGGUUCUCAGUAAAAAGCUCCUUGCAGUGAUGAUGGCGCCGUAUGAAGACCUGGUGAUAUUUAUAGCGAAUCAGCUGAAAUGUCCGAUUUGUUUCGACAUGUUCACAGACCCGGUGACUUUAGCGUGCGGACACAGUUACUGCCUCCAGUGCAUUAACGGCCAUUUACAGAGGAAUGGAAGGAGAUGCCCUGAGUGUCGGGCUGAGCUCAGAGCAAACUGCAAACUCCACAAAAAUGUCACCAUCAGCACCAUUCUGGAAUUACAGGAAGUGGGGGGUCGGGAAAUGUGGGACAGGGUCCUAACCGGAAGUGAGGAAGAGUUUCCUCAGGAUGCUCUGCAGAGAAAACUGAACUUCUUGAAGCAGGAGGUGGAAAAGAUUGAAAUGCUGCUAGCUGAAGUUCCUGGUGUCUUUCAGAAUGGGAGCUGUUUCAUCGGAGACAGUAUCAGGACUUAUGAGUCGUCAUCAUCAGUGAAUGUGUUGAGUUCUUCAGUGGGCUGUGAAGGAGGAAGUCAUUGUGCUGAGAACAUCUCGCGUUUUACGUCACUUACUCAGACUGAUGAGGUUGUUAAGAACUUGGAGUCUGGUUUAGACAAGAACAGAGCGAGUGUGUCAGAGGAUCCAGACUCUCUCAGAGGGUUUUCUGAGGGUGGAACAGCUGAAGCUGCAGCUCUUAGUGCUGAGUUUGUCUCGCUGUCCUUCUCGACCCAGCUGGGUCACCGGCGUUUGACUUUCCUCCCUUUGAAACAGAGGAUAGAGGUGAGGUCAUCUCUGCCUCUGAGGACGCAGUUCUGCCGUUUCGAGGCAUGUCAGUGGAUGGCGGAGCAGGAGUUCACCACAGGGAGGCAUUAUUGGGAUACAGAGACGAGCGCGUGCAGUGGCUGGGCGGUUGGAGUGGCAUACGCCCACCUGGGACAAAGCAAGCGGCUUGGGAGGAGUAAAUCAUCCUGGUGUAUCGAGUGGAGCAGCAGCAGAUUCAGUGCCUGGCACGAUGGCACAGAGACACUGCUGAAACAGAGACACCCGAGAAGACUCCGAGUCCUGCUGGACAUGGAUGCUGGACAUCUCUCCUUCUGGAGUGGAGCAGAUGGAGAAGCCGAGCUGUACAAUGUUCGGGUGAAGUUCACAGCCCCGGUUAGACCCGUGUUCUGGCUGUUUGGGACAAAGCCAGGAAACGCCCUGUCCUUCCCCAGACCCUGACUCGGGUCUCACUCUGUCGUGUCCUGAACUCGUCCACACUGAGAUGGAAAAGACACAAAAUAAUCUUUGUUAGUUGUUGUAUUGUUUAUAUUUUGUGUGGAUCAUAUUAAACAACAAAUAAAUAAUGAUUGGAGUUAAUGUAUGAAAAUGACCACAAAUGUUUUUUUUUUUUUUUUAAUUCAUAAAAUACAAAUCAGGCACCUACAUGUAAUGUAUAAAUAUUUCUUUAGUAUUUUACAUAUUUUAAUAAGAAAUUAUUUUUAUUUUUAUUUACUGUAGACA